AUGCCACAAUCCCGCGAAGACAAUGCGUUCCAGAAUCUACAGUCGUCAUUAUCGCUCCAAGUCUUCAAGAUGAAUGCCAAUGUACAGGGUAUUUUGAAGUUGGUGGAUCAGCUUGGAACAGGGAAAGAUUCUGCGGUUUUGAGGAAGAGCUUACACGAUCUCACCGAAACAACCCGCGCCAUGGCCAAACGAGGAUCUGAAGACCUAAAAAAGCUGUCUGAACUGCAGUCUGCCCUGCCGCAUCAAAAAACGGCCCUUCAGAAGACGUCGCACGAUCUGCAAAUGUCCCUAGUUGCAUUCCAACGUGCGCAACAAGUUAGCGCGGAGCGUCAGCGAACUGUGGUACAAGGUGUAAAAUUGGCUAUUGAUGAUGAACAGCACCAUCCACCAAAUCCCGAUGAACCCGAACCCACCCCACAAGAACAGCGACAAGCGCAGAUACUGCAGGCUCAGCUAUCUCCACAUGAAUUGGCAUAUCAAGAAUCCCUGAUUCAAGAACGAGAGGCAGAAAUUAGAGAAAUCGAAACAGGCAUUCACGAACUUGCAGAAAUAUUCCAUGACCUAGGGACUUUGGUUAAUCAACAGGGCAGUAUGAUUGAUAACAUCGAAUUAAAUAUCUCCUCCGUUGCUGUGGAUACAGGGUCUGCCGCCCAAGAACUUACGACUGCAGCGGAGUACCAGCGCAGGGCAGGAAGACGUGCUGCCUGUUUAGCAUUGAUCCUUGCAAUUGUUGCAGCGAUUGUAUUGUUGGCUAUACUCUCUUGA